AUGGAUCAAAUCAGCUACAAACGUUUUAUCAGGAAUGCAUUCACCAAUAAAACGUACUUGCCGACGUAUUUAGCAUUCGGAACAGGAGCGGUGAUUGCGCUGAUCUAUAUGAGUGAUUGGGAAACGGUCGGUCGUCAUAUACCUCUCUGGAAGUAUCAUUUUCCACCGGCUGAAACCAGUGAAACUGAUAAACGCUCCAACGAGACCGCUACACCAACAUAA